UUGAAAAUGGCUAGAACUAAGCAGACCGCCCGUAAGUCUACCGGUGGCAAAGCGCCCCGUAAACAGUUGGCUACCAAAGCUGCUCGAAAGAGCGCUCCUGCCACUGGGGGAGUGAAAAAACCUCAUCGUUACCGACCAGGUACCGUAGCCUUGCGAGAGAUCCGCCGCUAUCAGAAAUCUACUGAGCUGCUCAUCCGCAAAUUGCCCUUCCAGCGCCUGGUCCGUGAAAUCGCCCAAGAUUUCAAGACUGAUUUGCGUUUCCAGAGCUCGGCUGUUAUGGCCCUGCAGGAGGCCAGCGAAGCCUACUUGGUGGGGCUCUUUGAAGAUACUAACCUGUGUGCUAUUCACGCCAAGAGAGUCACCAUCAUGCCCAAGGACAUCCAGUUAGCCCGGCGUAUCCGUGGUGAAAGGGCUUAAAGGCUGCCCUUCAGCUUCUAGUAAUAAACUACUCCAAACGACCCAAAGGCUCUUUUAAGAGCCACUACAUGCACACUGAAAGGAGCUGUAACAAGCCUAUAAUUUUUUCCCUUUAUUUGUGUUGCGUUUAAUUGAAGAGGACUACAUGAGCAUUUAGAACUUAGUUUGGGUAAGUCAUUUAGUUGAAACGAGCUUCACUUCAUCUAACGGUGUGAUUAGUGUUCUCCAAGUGGAUUGAAUAGUUGUGUGCAGUUGUGACUAAGGCGGGCUUUAAAAUAUAGUCAAUAAUUUGGAUGUUCCCUUUUAAAUAGCAUCAGCGUUUAUCUGUUGAAUCUUAAAAGCUGCUAGCCAAAAAUCUUCCAUCAGAGCUUUUUAAAGUCUUUCAUAGUCGAUUCUCUAGGCUAAUGUUCUCCUGCAGGAAGCCAGACCUGGACAGAAUGAACCUUUAGAAUAGUCCUACA